UCCCGGAGGGUGGCAGGGCCAAGAUGGCGGCGCCCUGUGGGUGAGGAGAGGCUGGAGCGGUAAACAGCCGAGGGGCGGAGGAGAAGGAAGAGGAAGGGUUCUGUGAUCAUGAAAAAACCAGAUUGUAUAGUGGUGGAAAGGAAGCAGCUACUAGCAGUUUGACAGGAGCACCCAUGUAGAACUGGAAGCAACCGUGCCUUGCGUGGACACACGUGUCAUGCCCGUUAGCGCCUAGCCUGAAGCAGGAUGUCUCAGCAAACAAAUAUUGGCGAUCUUCUCCCCAUGCUAGAUUCUCCAGUCCUGGCUGUCCUGGAAGAUAUAAUGGCUGUGUUUAGAGACAACCUGGCUUCAGAUCGUGGGCCCAUGCUGGUGAAUUCUUUGGUGGAUUACUACUUGGAAACCAGCUCCCAACAAGCUUUGCACAUCCUGACUGCUGUCCAAGAGCCACAUGACAAGCACCUUCUCGAUAAAAUCAACGAAUACAUGAGCAAGCCCUCUACCCGUCUCGCCACUCUUUCGCUCCUUGGCCAUGUGAUUAGAAGUCAGCCCUCCUGGAAACAUAAGCUGCCUCAGGCCCCCGUUCUCCUUUCCCUCCUCAAGUGUCUCAAGACUGACACCGACGUCGUAGUCCUCACUACGGGGGUGCUGGUGUUAAUCACGUUGCUACCCAUGAUCCCUCAGUCUGGGAAGCAGUACCUUCACGACUUUUUUGGCAUCUUCGGCCGCCUUUCAUCUUGGUACCUGAAGAACCCAGGCCACGUGGCAGAGAUCUACCUGGUCCACCUCCACGCUAGCGUGUACGCCCUCUUUCAUCGCCUUUAUGGAAUGUACCCGUGCAAUUUUGUCUCCUUUCUGCGCUCCCAUUACAGUAUGAAGGAAAACCUGGAGACCUUUGAAGAGGUGGUCAAGCCAAUGAUGGGCCACGUCCGAAUCCACCCGGAGUUGGUGACCGGUUCCAAGGACCACGAGCUGGAUCCCCGGAGGUGGAAGAGGCUAGAAACGCACGACGUCGUGAUUGAAUGUGCCAAGAUCUCCCUGGAUCCAGCGGAAGCGUCCUACGAAGACGGCUACUGCGCAACUGCCCUGCAAGCCUGCACGCACCAGUCGCUUCGCCCCGCCGACCCCGACGCCACGCCUUACCUGGCUCCCCCCAAUAGUCUGGCUGCAGGACCCUCAACGUCUACCCCUUACUCGGCUUCUCGGCUGGUCCUCUCCCAGAUACCAGGGCAUCUACCUCACAUCCUGACCCCCCAGCCCUCAAGUUUGUCCACUGAGCCUCCGCAGGCGUCUUUCUGGAGCCCCUCUGCUGUUUGUGGCAUGACCACCCCUCCAACUUCUCCUGGCCUCGUUCUGGAGUCUUUGCAAACUUCCUCCCAGCCUUGCAGCAAGUUCUUCAGCGCAGCCGACGAUUCGGUUCCGAGUUCAGUUCCUGCAACCGCUGCUGCACCUUCAAAGAAGGAGGAAAAAGCAGAUCCCACGAGGCCUUUUCUGUCCCGACAGCAAAAUAUCAGAACUUUAGACUCCCAAGGCAGUAAAAAUUCUGUAACUUUAAGCGACCUGCCCAACAUCCUAGAUAAUCUGGAGGCCUCAUGCGAAGACAGCGGAGAGAAAGACCGAGAAGAAGAAGCCAUCUCAAACGAAAUCUCCGAGAUCACCGCCACGGAGGCCGAGCCCAUAGUGCCGAGGGGCGGAUUUGAUUCUCCGUUCUACCAAUCCAGCGAGAAUCUCUCUGGCUCUCGCAAAUCUCAGUCGGUCGCUUCAACCGCCGCGGGGCCGUUUUCGAAUGCCGAGCCUUCGGCCUCUUUCCCGGACCUUUCCGGGCUCGAAGGCCCGCGGGAUACUCCGAAGCAAGCCUUCACGCCCAUCGAGCGGCCCUGCCGGGAUGCGGAAGAGAUUCCCGCGGGAGUCCAGGAACUGUGGGCCUCCCCGGAUCCAGGCCUCUGGACCCCCAGCCCUUGCAAAAUCCCCGCUCGCCAGAGGCCUGGCUUUGGGAGCCAGCAGCUCCCUGGAUACGAGCACCUGUUUGAGGUGGCGUUACCUAAAACGGCCUACCUGUUUGUCAGCCGGAAGACAGAAGAGCUGCUGAAAAAAUGCAAGGGGGGAGUGGACGACGGCGGCUUCCUUUCUGCUUCCCCUUUGCAUGUCUUAGACCGGCUGCUUCAACACGGGGCGGAUGUUCACAGCAGGGAACUCAACAAGUUAUCGUUGCCCAGCAGAUCCGCCGAUUGGACUCAUUUUGGAGGUUCCCCUCCUUCCGAGGAGAUUCACACCCUCCAGAAUCAGCUGCAGCUGCUGCAUAACCAGCUGCUCUACGAGCGCUUCAAGAGGCAGCAGCACGCGGUCCGGAACAGGCGCCUCCUGCGGAAAGUGAUCAAAGCGGCCGCCCUCGAGGAACACAACGCGGCCAUGAAAGACCAGCUGCGCCUCCAGGAGAAGGACAUCCAGGCCCUGAAGCUCAGCCUUCAGAAGGAGCAGGCCAAACACCGCCGGUUCCAGGAAGAAUAUGACGGCAUGGUGGCUCAGCUCCACAGCCAGAUCCGGCAGCUCCAGCAGGAACGAGAGGAGUAUUACAACCAGAGCCAGGAGAUGAAGACCAAACUGGAAGAUUGCUCCAACGUAAUCCGAGAUUUGCGGUCUGAGCUGAAAAAAUCCAACAACAAGGUGUGCCACACAGAAUUGCUGCUGAGCCAAGUUUCACAGAAGCUCUCCAACAGCGAGUCUGUGCAACAGCAGAUGGAGUUUUUGAACAGGCAGCUGCUGGUGCUCGGAGAGGUGAACGAGCUGUACCUGGAGCAGCUUCAGAACAAGCAUGCCGACACCACCAAGGAAGUGGGGAUCAUGCAGACAGCCUUCCGGAAGGAGCUGGAGAGAGCCAAAUCCUUCCUCCUCCUCCAGAAUCAGAAAGUGGAAGCGUCUCAGAACCGGAUUACAGAACUGGAAUCUCAGCUUACCAAGAAGGAUCACCUGUUGCUGGAGCAGAAGAAAUACCUGGAGGAUGUCAAACUCCAAGCCAGGGACCAGCUGCAGACCGUCGAGCAGCAGCACAGAGUGCAGAAACAGAUCACGCAAACCUUUGAACUGGAGAUACUACGCCUGUACAGUUGCCUGGAUAGCGACCGGUUGCAGAAGAAACGGGAGGAGGACAAAAUGGAAACAGCAGAAAUGGCUGAAGAAAGGCUCUCGGGGGCAAGUGAAGGCCCGUGUCAUCCGGUUGCCGGAUGUGGCGAAGAAAUGCUGGGCAGGAACGGGGCGGCCAACUCUUCGGGACCCCAGGCUCACCAUAGCAGCAGCAGCAGUAAAGGCAACAGCAGCGGAUCCAGUCCGGAAAAGGCCCUCGGCGAACGGGGCGGACAGUUCAGCAACAGCUGCUGGGAGGCCUCCGCACGGCAGGCGCCUCCUGCCCCCCGCAGCCAACUGACGCUCUGUUUCUCCCUAGUCGGAUAAGCUGAUAACCGGCCUGGCUUGAUCUCUGUUAAAUGGAAAGGAAGAAGAGCCUCCUGUCGAUGGGUGAGUGUUUUAUAAUAGGAGGAGAUUUAUGGCAGGGGGAAAAAAAAAUCCAUUCUUUUCCCCACCUUUCCCCUGUGCGUCUCCUCCAAACGAGGAGGAUCUCCUUUGCCGGGGUUUUCUGUUCCAUCUAAACCCCAAAAUGAGGUUUAUCCUUCCAUUUUUUUUUUUUUUAAAAUAACCCAAUCUCCGGUUACUUGUCAGAGGUUUACGAUCCAUUGCUGGGCGCCUCCUAGCAUUCCCCAGUCUCCAGGGUGGAACACCAAAACCCAUCGGUCUGAAGCACUUAGUGGUUUUCUCUGGAUUGGAACCUCCAUUGGGACUGGGGUGUGUGGUGUGUGUGUGCACACACACACACACAUGGAUCAGGCCUGGGACAAUUCUUUCUCCAAUCCUCAAAACCUUCGAAGGAGAUACUUUUGGCAAGCCAGCAAUUGUGGUUCUUGAAUUUUAACUUGGCCCUUCGAAUAUUCAAAUGCUUUUUUCUCCCCCCCGUUUGCGUUGUCUCUCUUUCACAAGAAAGAGGUGGUCAGAGAGCACGAGUGACACCUUGAUCCUUCAGAACCACAGAGGGCAUCCUUCCGUUUCCGAAUAUUUUCUACCCCUUCGGGCACAAAAAGCCAGGCCUUGGAGGAGGAGGCCCUUUUCGUCAGAGAAAGCUAAGGUCCCCCCCAAAUUGCCAUCUCUUGCUCUUUCCCCCCCCUCUUUUUCCUUCUUCCUCCAGUGGUACUUUGAACAUUUCUUAAACCAAACCUUUCUUUAAAAAAAAGAAAAAAGAUGCCUCUUUCUUCAGCCCUUCCUCAAGGUUUCCCCAGACAAGGCGUUGAGUUUAAAUAGAUGUUGUUUGAGCGGAAAAACACGGCAAGCAUUCAGUGGGGUUUAAUGAUGCUGUGUUCAGGCGAGCAGUGCGAGGCCAGGCUGGCAGAGUGUCAGGGAAAAUGGUGAACUGCCUUAUUCCACCCUUUCCAGCUUUAUUAUUAUUAUUUUUUUAUGGGUGGGCUGAAGGCAGGAGGUGGCUGAUGGGGACUGUAGCGUUAUCCAAGUACGGGCUCAGAGAGUUAAAUGGCAGUAAUUUUAGGGAAUGAUGAUGAUGCCUUGUGGCAUCUCUAAAGCAGGGGCUCUCCAGAUUUGGCCACUCUUAAAAGACUUCUGGAUUUCCAACUCCCAGAAUUCCCCAGCGAAGCCUUUUUCAGCCCAACCCAGUUUCCCAACCUCUUUAUUCCACAGGUGUUCUACCUGGAAUAGCGCCCCCCCCCCCCCCCCGUCUUUGUGAACACUUGGUACGGUCCUUCCCACCUGGGUGUGUGUGUGUGUGUGUGUCUCCAGACCGGCAACUUGACUUCCAACUCCCAGAACUCCCCAGCCCAGCCAUACUGAGGAAUUCUGGGAGUUGAAAUCACAUCAGUUUGUGGAGACCCCAAACUCUCCUAGAUGGAUUUGCAGAUCCAGGUCACUGACAAGAGGCUGACUUUUUUUUCACUUCCCCAACCCUAUUUCUUCAUUUUAGCUAUCCGGGUUUGGAAAUCACCUUCACGAGUGUCUCUCUGGAAGGAAACACCUUUCUUAAGUGUCAAUCAAAAGGGCCUCUUUGGUUUUCAAUGGUCAACAUAAUCCCAUCUUUUCCCUCCGAGGUUAGAACCCGAUUCCUUCUUCUUCGUUGGCUUUUAGAAAAGAUGCAGAUGACCUUCACGAUGAAUUAUUGGUGGAAUUGCCCUGUGUCCCCCCCCUUUUUUUUUCUUCUCCCCAGCAGGAAAAAGUGGAGGAAUUAAUUACUUUCCGUAUCCCCUUAUCUUUCAAUCAUGGAUGUAGCGUACAUAAUGGAAGUUCUUGUUUUUUGGCUCCUUUUUUUUUCUUUUUGCAAAUUUGGGGAGGGGGGGAGAAAAGUUCUCAUCAGGGAAGCUGAAAAUAAUCUUUGUUUCCUUCCCCCCUUCAAGGAAGAAAAAAAUGGGCCUCUUUUAGUUAAA